UAAAAAUAUUUAUGUACAUGACAUUUGUGAACUAUUCUUUUCAUAUUUGCGAAUGCGAUGCUCAUAUAUAUGGAUAUUGUUUUGUUUACGUGUAGCUUGUGAACAGUUGAGUAAAAUUUUUUAUUACAUUUUGUAAACUAUGCGGCUUUUGCUUUUAAUCGCUUUAUUGGCUUUAGUGCCAAAAACUUUAUCAAAAAAGGCAGAAGUUGACAAAAAACCUGAGUGGGCAAAAAAGGAUAUUCGUGAUUUUACGGAUGCUGACAUGGAGCGUCUGCUAGACCAAUGGGAGGAAGAUGAAGAACCAUUAGAACCCGAUGAGUUGCCUGAACACUUGCGCCCUCAGCCAAAAAUUGACUUAUCUAAUCUCGAUAGCAAAAAUCCAGAAGAGUUCUUAAAAGCUUCUAAAAAGGGGCGUACACUAAUGACAUUCGUUUCUGUGGAUGGAGAUCCAACACGGGAAGAAGCUGACACAAUUACAAAGUUGUGGCAGACAAGUCUAUGGAACAAUCACAUACAAGCUGAACGAUAUAUGGUGGAUGAUAAUAGAGCUAUAUUUCUUUUUAAAGACGGUUCUCAAGCUUGGGACGCAAAAGAUUUUUUAAUAAAACAAACGCGUUGCAAAGGAGUUACAAUCGAAAAUAAAGAAUAUUCCGGUGAAUGGAGCACCAGCAAUGACUCUGCAAAAGAGAAACAAGAAUUAUAAAAUUGUAUUUUCCACUUUCUUUAGAGAUUAUCUUAUUUUAAAUAAAAGCUGUUCUCAAAAUACGUUUAAGCUAAAAAUGGAAGUUCAUAUUUUUGCAAAUUAAUAAAAAUGUAUUUGAUAUCAUUAAAA